UCAGGUUUUUAGAUAAAUACAAUCGUAUUUAAUAAGCAUAAUGGGAAAGUGCAGUGUGAAAUGUUUUUAUAAUUCAUAAAUGAUGACUUAGGAUAUGUUGCUUUUGAUACGAGUGUCUUCUAAAUAAAUUAAUUGAAGACAUGUUGUACAUUGAAGUUGUUGUAUUGACCACCCCUGCAAAACAGUCAACAUGGGAGGUGGCUCAUCAAAACCAGCACCAGCACCAGCACGAGCACCAGCACCAGCACCAGCACCAGCACCAGUUUAUGACAAAGCUUGGAGGGAGGUUGACUGGACGCAGAGAGAUACCGUAAAUAACAAACUGAAGAAAUUGGAUUUAAAUGAUCCUGAUAUGGGCCAGCUCAGGAUCCUGUUAAUGGGACAAAUUGGCGCAGGAAAGUCCAGCUUUGUUAACUCAAUCAAAAGUGCUUUUUCUGGACGUAUUGUGACUACUGCGCUGGUAGAUGCUGACACUGGCACAAGCUUCACCAAGAAGUAUAAAACACAUUACAUUAAAGAUGGAAAAGGACGCUUACCUUUUGCAUUCAAUGAUGUCAUGGGUUUGGAGCCUGAUGAAUCAAGGGGGGUGCACACUGAUGACAUCGUCAGCAUUCUUGGAGGCCAUGUCCGAGAAGGUUAUCAGUUCAACCCCACUUGUCCUUUGACACAAGAAAAACCAGACUACAACAGCAGUCCUGAGUUAAAACACAGAGUCCACUGUUUAGUGGGUGUCGUGUCUGCAAAUGCCUUAUUUGGAAUGUCAGAUGGACUCAAAUGCAAGCUGAAGGCUAUAAGGGAGAAGGCUAGCAGUCUGGAUAUUCCCCAGUUUCUUGUUAUGACAAAAGUUGAUGAUGCUUGUCCAGAAGUGAAGAGGGAUCUGAGAAAUAUCUACAAAAGCAAGGCAAUUAAAAAGCAGAUGGAGACCUGCAGCAAUGAGCUGGGGAUCCCCAUGAACUGCAUCCUGCCAGUGAAGAACUACCAUGAAGAGACAAAGACAAACAAUGAAGCAGAUGUGCUGGUGUUGGAGGCUAUUCAUCAGAUUGUGGAGGCAGCCAAUGAUUACAUAUGGACACUUCAACAAGAAUAAGUGUCCUUCUUCUACCCUGCCUGUGUGCUCAUCUUCCCUGGCCUUGAUCAGUUUCACCUAAUUAAUUAAGCCCCCAGUGUGCAUAUUGUGGUGGAAUUUGAUCAUUAAAAGUCUGAGGUCAGAAGAAUUUGUCUUUAUCUGUGUAGGUGCCAUUUGCCUAUUUAAUGUAUUGUAAUACAAUCCAAGUCAUGAUUGUUGAUUAAUUAGUAUCCUAAAAAUGACAGCAACACAAACAAAAUGUUUUACUGCACAAUUGACUGUUUUGCAAUGUUUUGCAUUGGGUGAGGGUCUAAUUUCACGCAGUGUUUCGUUAGCACGAGGGUUUUGGUGUACAUUGAUUUUCUACUCUGCCAUACCGUGACAUGUCGUUUGCCUGUUCAUGACUUACAGAGUUAUGGUAAGAGUGCAACAAAAUUUGUCAAUACUUUUAUAGGCAUAAAAUAUAAUCAUGCACAAUAAAUAAACACGCCAAUUGAAUGUAUAUGUUUUACAAAGAAAAUUUGGAACAAACUUUUAUACAUAUUUACUUGAACAUACAAUAAAAAUACAAAAAAAAUCCCCAAGGGGCAAUUCUUGGAAGCAUUUAAAUUUACAUGUAUUCAUUUAGCAGACGCUUUUAUCCAAAGCGACUUCCAAGAGAGCGCUUUACAAAAGUGCAUAAGUCACUGACCAUAACAACGAGAUAGCCCCAAACAUUGCGGGUAGCCAAAACAUGAAGCAUACAUUGUGAAAAACCAAAUAAGUGCCAAAGGCAAGAACCAUAAGAGCAUGUAGUUAAACAAGGUACAAUUAAACAACAUGAAACAGGCAUAGUAAAGAGACAGUAUAGUACACUGCAGGGACAACAACAACAUUUUCAGUGACCAUACAUCUGUCAGAAGUCCAUCAGUAAUAAUAAAUAAUAUUGAUGGAUGUCUGAUAGCUGUAUUACGCCCAACCUUCCUUGACCCCCAUGUUUGUCCUCUGCCUCAGUUCAAGUUGUAGAGCCUCAUCCUGAACAGAUAAGAAAAUCAAUGAUCAUCUAUCACUGAAAGUGAGGUGAUCAAGAAAGCUCAGCAGAGGAUGUUCUUCCUGAAGAAAUUCAACCUGCCAAAGACAAUGAUGGUGCACUUCUACACAGCCAUCGUUGAAUCCUUCCUCACAUCCUCCAUCACAAUUUGGUAUGCUGCUGACAAGAGCAGACUGCAGCGUAUCAUCCGAGAUGCUGAGAAGGUGAAUGGGUGCAAUCUGCCUUCCUUCGAGGACUUGUUCACCUCUAGGACCCUGAGGCGAGCAAGAAAGAUUGUGGCCGACUCUUCCCACCCUGGACACGCUCUGUUCCAGCCACUCCCCUCCGGCAGGAGGCUGCGGUCCAUCAGGACCAAAACCUCACGCCACAAAAACAAGUUUCUUUCCAUCCGUGGCUGGCCUCUCCAACAAGUCUAAGGACUCCCACUGUCAUUAAGACAUUCAUUUAUUUAUAAGUCCAUCCAUCACUAUUGCACAUUGCACAAUGUCAUCUGGUCUCUACCAGUCACAUUGAACUAUCUGAUCUUAUUUUAUAUCUUAUUUUAUAUUACACUGUAUAGUGUUGUUUAGAAUGUUUUAUUUCUAUUGUACAUUCUCUAAUUUUUAUAUUUAAGAUCAGUAUAUGUUUAUUAUAUGCACGUUCCUGCCACGGUAAAUUCCUUGUUUGUGUGAACUUACAUGGCGAUUAAAGCUCAUUCUGAUUCUGAAAACAGAAAAUGUGAACCAAUCCACUUGUAAAUAAAGUCACUAGGUUGUUUAAAGCAGGUCACAUGACCCUAAUGCUCUACAUAACACAUUUAAGUCAGGAUGAAUAUGGUUGUUUUUUCAAUCUAGCGGUCUGAUCCAUUAAGUGGGUACAACAGACUGAUCGUUGAAAUCAGCCUAAACUACAUUUGGGUUAGAGACUGGUGGUUGGACGGAACCUUCAGUGGUCCAUUACUCACCUUGUGAGCAGGUGGCAUAAGUGAUACCAGUGUAGAUUCUCUGGACCUUUCUUGCUACAAGUUGUCAGGGUGGAGAGUCAGGCCCGGUCAGGAUCUGCCCAGGAAUUCAAUGUCCACGUGGGCCACGAAAAGGAUGAACAACACCUGAAGAAGGGUGAUUGGGAGAAAUGGCCUCAACACUGCUUUUACUAAUCUGCCCUUACACAGCGAGCUCAUUUACACACUGGACCUGAUGAUGUCCCGACAGUGCUUAUAUUAUAUGUAUAGUGUUUAACAUGUAAAUAGACUGAAUGCCAUCAUGUUUAGAGACAAAAAUGGAUCUCCUGCUGGUCACCUAAGAAAAUGUGGACAACUGUAGUCUGGAAAGUUAUUAUUUGUUAUCUAAAAACAUUGUUCACACUUACCGUUUGCCCAAGUGAGUAUGCCGUUCAAGUAUUUUAUGGUUGAAUUAAUACAGAUGCUUGGGAUGAAUUGACCAAUCAAAUGUCUCCAUUAAGCCACAUUCACUUUCCUGUCAUAGAAAGAAGUAAUAGUACAACAGAUGCCAGAACAUAUCUAAUUGAAGGUGUUCUGCUUGUUUGUAUGCAUAUUUAACUUAAGGCAUUCUGGUUUGUACAUCUUCAUUACCUAGUUCAUGUAAAUCAGCCUGUUUACUUUACAUCAAGUUGACCUCUUUUACUUUCACUAUCUUCCCCUUCCCUGAUGUAAAUCAACAGUGGCAUUCUAGAAAUUGACAGAACAAA